AUGAGAAUAUGUGAAUCAACACCAACUUUGACUAUCUUCGGAAAUGUGAUUAAGAAGAUUAAGAAAAUCCGGCUUCGUGCUCAUCUUUUCAACACCACCGUUUUUGAUGUUUUGACCUGCGGUUCGGAACCCUGGGUGUUUCACAAGCAGGAGGAAAAUCCGAACGGCAUCAUAGAACGCUCAACUGAAAAGGUGUUGCUAGGGAUAUACUGCUUUACGCAAAGAAAAGAGGGGAUUCGAAGUUCACACCUACGUCACCGAUCGAAGAUCAGAGACGCUGUCAAGGAAAGGAAUACUCCUAAUAUGUCCUGUACACGUGAUUCGCUUCAACAACUACCGCUGGACCAAAACUGUGAGCGAUUGGAUAUCACGUGA